CCUGAGGACUGAGCCAGUGCUUGGCUCCCCCAGGGACAUCGCAGCCCGCAGUCCCAGAGCCCAGUGCCCCGCGUUCACGUCCUUCCCGAGGCCGCGUGCACCUCUCCUCGCCCCGAUGGGCAUCCGCUGCUCUGCGUGGUUGCGGUGGCCGCUGUCGCCGCAGCUGCUGCUGUUGCUGCUACUGUGCCCCACGGGCUCUCGUGCCCAAGACGAGGACGGAGACUACGAAGAGCUGAUGCUCGCCCUCCCGUCCCAGGAGGAUAGCCUGGUUGAUGAGGCCUCACACGUGGCCACCGCCACCUUCCGCCGUUGCUCCAAGGAGACCUGGAGGCUGCCAGGAACCUACGUGGUGGUGCUGAUGGAGGAGACCCAGAGGCUGCAGGUUGAACAAGCUGCCCAUCGCCUGCAGACCCGGGCGGCCCGCCGGGGCUAUGUCAUCAAGGUUCUGCAUGUCUUUUAUGACCUCUUCCCUGGCUUCUUGGUGAAGAUGAGCAGUGACCUGUUGGGCCUGGCCCUGAAGUUGCCCCAUGUGGAGUACAUCGAGGAAGACUCAUUAGUCUUCGCCCAGAGCAUCCCAUGGAACCUGGAGCGGAUUAUCCCAGCAUGGCAGCAGACAGAGGAAGAUAGCUCCCCUGACGGAAGUAGCCAGGUGGAGGUGUAUCUCUUAGAUACCAGCAUCCAGAGUGGCCACCGGGAGAUCGAGGGCAGAGUCACCAUCACUGACUUCAACAGUGUGCCUGAGGAGGACGGGACACGCUUCCACAGACAGGCGAGCAAGUGUGACAGCCAUGGCACCCACCUAGCAGGUGUGGUCAGCGGCCGGGAUGCUGGUGUGGCCAAGGGCACCAGCCUGCACAGUCUGCGUGUGCUCAACUGUCAAGGGAAGGGCACAGUCAGCGGCACCCUCAUAGGCCUGGAGUUUAUUCGGAAGAGCCAGCUAAUCCAGCCUUCGGGGCCACUCGUGGUGCUGCUGCCCCUGGCGGGUGGGUAUAGCCAGAUCCUCAACACUGCCUGCCAGCGCCUGGCAAGGACUGGGGUAGUGCUGGUGGCAGCAGCCGGGAAUUUCCGAGAAGAUGCCUGCCUCUACUCCCCAGCCUCUGCUCCAGAGGUCAUCACAGUUGGGGCCACUAAUGCCCAGGACCAGCCAGUCACCCUGGGGACUUUGGGGACAAACUUUGGACGCUGUGUGGAUCUCUUUGCCCCUGGGAAGGACAUCAUCGGAGCCUCCAGUGACUGUAGCACGUGCUUCAUGUCACAGAGUGGGACAUCACAGGCUGCUGCCCACGUGGCUGGCAUUGUGGCUAUGAUGCUGAACCGGGAUCCGGCACUUACCCUGGCUGAGCUGCGGCAGAGGUUGAUCCACUUCUCUACCAAAGAUGUCAUCAACAUGGCCUGGUUCCCUGAGGACCAGCGGGUGCUGACCCCCAACCGGGUGGCCACACUGCCCCCCAGCACCCGGGAGACAGGCGGGCAGCUGCUCUGCCGGACAGUGUGGUCCGCCCACUCGGGGCCCACCCGUACAGCAACAGCCACAGCCCGCUGUGCCCCUGAAGAGGAGCUGCUGAGCUGCUCCAGCUUCUCCAGGAGCGGGAGGCGACGGGGUGAUCGAAUUGAGGCCAUAGGGGGCCAGCAGGUCUGCAAGGCCCUCAAUGCAUUUGGGGGUGAGGGUGUCUACGCGGUCGCGAGGUGCUGCCUGCUUCCCCGUGCCAACUGCAGCAUCCACAACACUCCUGCAGCCAGAGCUGGCCCACAGACCCAUGUCCACUGCCACCAGAAGGACCAUGUUCUCACAGGCUGCAGCUUCCACUGGGAAGUGGAAGACCUUGGAGCCCAGCAGCAGCCUCUGCUGAGGUCCAGACAUCAACCUGGCCAGUGCGUUGGCCACCAGGAGGCCAGUGUCCAUGCUUCCUGUUGCCAUGCCCCAGGUCUGGAAUGCAAAAUCAAGGAGCAUGGCAUCCCAGGUCCUGCAGAGCAGGUCACCGUGGCCUGUGAGGCAGGAUGGACCCUGACUGGAUGCAACGUUCUCCCUGGGGCAUCCCUCACUCUGGGGGCCUACAGUGUGGACAACGUGUGUGUGGCCCGAAUCCGUGAUGCUGGUAGAGCGGACAGGACCAGUGAAGAAGCCACGGUAGCUGCUGCCAUCUGCUGCCGGAGCCGGCCUUCGGCAAAGGCCUCCUGGGUUCACCAGUGACAGCCUCAGGCAGGCAUUGUGCCUGUGGCUGGAUGCAGAGAUAGACGGCCUGGCUCUCUUGUGUCUAGCCAAAGGUGGGGAGACUCUGCCUGGGGGAACUUGGCGUCUCAUCCUGGGUACCCAUUCCUGGUGUAUGUGUGGGGAAGCACCUCCUUCAUGGUCAGGGAGCCUGUGCUUGGCCUUCUGCCAUCAAAGAUGUUAAGCUAUAGUUGGCUUUGGCCAGCUGCUCCAGGAUAUCAGAACCUGAGAGCACUUGCUACAAGGCUAGUGUUCAGUCCUCAGGCCUCCAGAGUGAAUGUAUCCUGCAGGAAGAUAAUGAUGGAUCGUGACCCUUGACGGUCAUCCCCCCAGGUCAGAUGUCACCAGACUAGAAAAGUAUCUGAAAGCUGCUGGGGCCACUCACAGCUUGCUUACUCUGGAGACAGCAUUUUGGGCUCCCUGAUUAAUGCAGAUCAGUUCUGCCCACCUCCAGGGGUGGAUCCAGCUGUGAGGCCCACCUGUAUCUUCCAGAUGUUCUCAUCUGCUGCACCGAAGGCUCUGGCCCUGCUCAGGAGAACAUGCUACGAACUCCCAGCUGACUCUGUUUGCACUGGAGAACCACACAGGGCUUACCCCACUACCCUGUGCACUGACUGGCUUCACUUUAUGAAGGAAGAGACAGGGCCAGAGAAGCAAUGUCAUGCAGCCAGUGAUGCUAGGACAUAAAUCCAGAGUGGCUGGCCCUGAAGCCAUGCCUCUUGGCAAUGCCAGGCUGGGCAUCCUAUUUUUGAAGCAAACAAAAAAUGAGAGGACAGGCUGUGCUUCAGCGGCUUGUUCCUGGACCUAUGCUCCCUUAGCCCCAGUCCCACGGAUCAUGUGGAGAGUGGAGGAGCAACAGAGGGCGACUGUACUAAGGCCACACAAGCCGACAAGAACACCUCUAUCCUUUUGACCUCUUCUG